AUGUCGUCUACCGCGCCUGCUCCGUCUCCCACGCCAGACCCGCCUGAUGAAGGGGUCCUCUCUCCUUCAGCUUUCCCGCUUCUUGUUUCAUCUACUCCAUCCCAAACCUCAAUUCCUCCGACGAUUCCUGCUACGGGAGCGCCGUCGUAUGCUCAGCGGUUCAAAUCCUCACUCAGAAACCUCAGGAAGAUCUCUUCCCCAACCUUUGAGGAAGACGGUACUCCGGUGGUCCAAGCCCCACCCUCAGUGAUUUUAAACUCCUCAGAAUCAUGGAAAGACCAUAUCCUCUGCAAAUUUCAUGGUCGUAUGCCGGUCUCCGGUAAAGUUUUCUCAGAUCUAAACCCUAUUUGGGGGAAGAAGGGAGACAUUAUCGUUCGUACAGUAUCAUCUACGGCUUGUCUCAUCUAUGUUCCUUCGGUCGAGCUUCGAGAGUGGAUUCUGGAGGUCGGAUAUUGGCAAGUCGCCAACUGCGCGUUGUCUGUUUAUCUUUGGAACCCAGAUGCAUCGUUGGAAGCUGAGGAUCUAGUUUCGGCUCCGACAUGGGCUGUUCUAAAGAAGGUCCCGCCUCAGUUGUACUCGUUGGAUGGUAUUAGUGUAAUAGCCAGUGGUAUAGGCGAACCACUUCAUACAGAGAAGUCUCGUUUGGAUCCAUUCCACUUUGGUGAUACGAAGGUGAAAGUGGAGAUAUCUCUUGAUGCUCCGCCCCCAUCAGCAGUGAUAGUACGGGAUUCUCUUGGUUACUCAGUUAAAAUAGAUGUCUCUUAUCCGAGACUUCCUCCUCAAUGUUGCAACUGUGGUAAAUUUGGUCACUUGCUAAACUGUUGUCCUAAUCCAAUCCUGAAGAAUGGCUUCAAGAACUUUCCUAAGACCCUCCAGGGUAAUGGGAAGCCGAAGGUGUCUCAGGUGCUAGUCAAAGACCCGGAGGUGCAGCUGGAAGGUUCAGAGGCGGUGGGUCAGGUUACAGAAGAAGUUGUGGCUCAGGUUUCAGAGGUUGUGGGUCAGGUUACAGAAGGUUCAGAGGUUGUGGCUCAGGUUUCAGAGAAUGUGGGUCAGGAGAUUGAAGACGGGGAGAUUGUGGUUCAGCAGGUGGUUGUGGCUCCAUGUUUACCUCCUCCGGAAGGUUCAUCUUCUGCAACUCUGGUUCAAGGAAAGAAGGCGUUAAGUAAGGGUUCGACUCAGAAAGUGCGUGUGAUUUCUCAUCGGUCUGAUGCUUCAAAGACGUUGACUCUCCCUCUUAAUCAUGAUUCCUCCUUGACUGUGGAUGACGAACCUUCAGUAGAGGGUGUUGGUUUAUCUCCUCCGGAUCCAGAAGCUGAGAGACCUUUCUUGCCUUCUCCUGCAGCAGCGAGGAAAGCGAGGAAAGACUUAAGGCGCCAAGCCCUUUUGAAUUGUUCAUCUCCAACUGCAGCGGCAUCUCAGCUUUUUUCUUCUAUUCGGGGACUUUCCUCGGGUGGGAGAAGGAAUCGUUUUUAA